UUCCAUCGUCCCUAAACUCUCUUUGCCUGGCUACCUAGGUACGAAGGGUCCGGCAGGUGCGACAGUGGCGCUCCGUCCUCCGACGACCAUUGUUUCUCCCAAGCCCGAACUCUCCGGUUUCCCCUCGCGCUAAAAUGCCGGCCAUCCUCUCCUACGUUGGCAGUUUCCUCGCCGGCUACACCGUCCUGGUCAUCUCCUUCUACAUGGUGUCGAUCGUGGUGCCGAGAGCGGCCUUCGUGGCUCGCUCGCUCGCCUCGUACUUGUCCUUGGUCAUCUGCUCACUCUAUGGCGUGGCCGCCUCGAUCGCCCUUCGCCUCCUCGGCUACCACCAACUGGCACAAUGGACGGUAGCCCGCAGCUUCAAGUGGGUCAUGGGCCUCACAACGGGCGUUACGUUCGACGUUGAAGAUCCCAACGGCUACCUCGACAAGACCCGUCCGGCCGUCUUCAUCGGCAACCACCAAACCGAGCUCGAUGUGCUGAUGCUGGGGUGCAUGUUUCCCAAGUACUGCAGCGUGACCGCCAAGGCGUCGCUGAAGAAAGUGCCGUUCCUCGGCUGGUUCAUGGCACUCAGUGGCAGCAUCUUCAUCAACCGCUCCAACAGCCAGGACGCCCGCUCGGCCAUGCGCGGCGCCGCCGAGGAAAUCCGCAACAAGCGGCAGAGCGUCUACAUGUUUCCAGAAGGCACCCGCAGCUACUCCAAAGAACCGAUGCUGUUGCCCUUCAAGAAGGGUGCCUUCCACCUUGCGGUCCAGGCCCAGGUGCCCAUCGUGCCGGUGGUCGUUGCGAACUACAGCCAUGUGCUUUGGAUCAAGGGGAUGGUCUUCAAGUCCGGCCGCAUCCCGUGCAAGGUUCUCGAACCCAUCUCCACCAUUGGUCUCACCGCCGCCGAUGUUGACGAGCUGACGAGGUCGACGCGGGAGCUGAUGCUCAAGGAGCUCGUCGCUUUGACGGAGAAGGCGCGGAGGCAGCCCGUUUCCCAAGCCAGGGACAGCCAAGCAAACGGUGUUUCCAACACGGCGCCCAAGAUGAAAGUCGCUGCCUGACCAAAAGCUCGUCUCCUUCCAAUUGGAGGAUGAAAUGAUAUCUCAACCUGAAUUCAGCCAAUGCUCAAGCCGCGGUGGCAGCUGCAGAGGGGG